CUGACGUGGCUGAUGAAAGACGGAAGUUACAAUAACUGAUUGUCAAAUUACUAUCGAUAGUAAGUUUUAUCAAACUAGGUCCACGAAUCUAUCUGUACUUAAAAAAUGCGCUGGAUUUCAUGACAUUUUGAAGGCCUUUAAGGCCGUACACACGGGCCUGGAAUAGGGGAAAUCUUUGAAAAGAGAAAGGCAAACCACACGCUCCUGAUCUUACGAGAAACAUCCGUAGCAGCUGAUGGGCCUUAUCAAAUGAACAUGGCAUUAACAUAACGUGAUUGAGAAGUUCUUUUGUCGAGGAAACGCGAACCCUCCUCGCUUUCACCCAGUUUUGCCUCUUCCAAUUUAGGGAGUAUUCUUAUUAUCAAACACUGGGGAGCAGCUUUGUUUUUGUAUAUUGAAAAUUUAGAAGACUGCGGGACAAGACUGACUCUGAAUGUGAGGUCGCGAUUACUGCUUUGAAAAAGUACAAGCACACUUGUUCAGUAACCAUGGACAAUAUGGAAACUGGAAGAGGACACUUCUUAAGGUUGCAUGUCCCCAUUUCAUCCUCAUGAAUGAGUGGAACAGAUCUCAUGUCCUUCCUCAUUAUUCAUUACCUUUCUUUCCCGAAGAAGAAGAGGAAAAGUGCGCAUGUACUACCGAGUCUCUAUUUUUAUCAUCAAGAAGGAGGCUAACUUCCCUCGUUGUACAUGUGCAAGAAUCCAGAAGCUAUUUUUGGAAGCAAACUUUUUUCAAGCCAGAGAGGGGUAGAUCGCGAGGAAGGGGAUAAAUGGUUAGUCAUACCCGAGGACGCGAUAACAUGGACACGGGGAAGCGGAAAUCUUUGAUUUCUUGCUAACACCGAAUGGUUAUUUCACUUCUCUACGUUCGGAUACCAAUACAACGGUGCUACAAGCUGUUAGCCAAUAUUCACCAAGAUCUGGGGUAAUUUGGAGAACGAAUGUCAUCACCUGAGCCACGUCUUUGAAUCAGGCCAUUAGAAAAUUUUCAAUCGAAUUCAGUCUUGAGAAUCUACCUUUCAGUGGUGUUAAUGACGUAAUGACCUUGAAUGUUGAUAUUUGUUAAUUGGAAAACGAUUUAAUAUAGAAUAUCUGUCAUCUGUAAGCGCUGGAAAGUCUCGAUGACACCUUGAAGCAGGUCUGGACCCUCGAUUCUGCAUAUCCAUCUCGGUGUACCUUUGGCAUGAUGGGGGAAAGGAGUACGAAAGGACUUGCUAGAAGAUUGGCUUGAAUACUGAAGAACCCCAGGAGAGUGGACACCAACUUGGUGUUGAGGCUUAUAUUCACCAGAAGAUGAAGUGAGCUGCGUGCUAUUUCACAAUCACCGUUUUAUUCGCCAACGGUACGACUACAAUCGUCAAGGAUCUUCACAGAUUAUCCUUACCAAGGUGCGAUGAAGAUCAAACAAUCCGUGAAAGAUAUUUCACAAUUCACUUGGGGAUUUCUCUUCGAGAGAUCUAUGUAGGAGCCGGAAAAUUGACGUUGUCACCUUUCGGUUGCUGUAAUGUAAUUUCACAACACAGAGACUGUUGACUAUCUAUUUGUCAAAUUCUAAUUAUUACUCUUAAGGGUUGUGCAAAGUUAAAACUUCCCAUGCAUACAAUCAUGAUUCGCAUGUGGUCAUCUACAAGUCAAUCCACCAAUCCAUCUAGGAUGACAAAAAUGCAAUUAUUGAGGCAAGAAAGGACUAUUUUGCAAGACCAAUUUUAAAUCGGUCGAAGCUGGAUUUAGAUCUGUGCGUCUUCUUGUGCAUGACAUGAGUUGUGAAAGGAUAAUUUUGCGGGGAUGUAGUUGAUUAUAUUCCGCUAAUUGAUUGCCCGGAGUACAACAGAAAAUAAAUAUGUAUGUGAGACUCUAAGUCAACCGCAACAACUUUCGCUGUGUAUUGUUGAAAGCAGUUAUAAAUAAAGGACUAUAACCAUGAACAGGAUAAUCGAUUUUUAUUAAUGUAAAGGCAUAACUAUAUACUCCUUUUCCAAACUACCUCAAUCAAGAAGAGUUGAAAAACGUUCGGGAUUUUAUUCAGUGCUCAAAAUUAACUGCAGUGAAUGAUUCUUCCCGAUUCUACACGGCCUAAGAGGAACCUAUAAUUGGAACAUAUACUCAAAGACGUGUUGGGAGAGAAAAUUCGAUCGUGUGAUUUUGAAUUGGAUAUCAUCAGGCGGGACUAUUUAUAGGCUUGGAUUGUCUGCAGUGAUAAGGCUCAGUCAUGGACUACGUGGCGGAUUACACUCAAUGUCUGGACCCACUUGUUAACCAGGGGUGCGCCAUUAGCAGCACACCUAUGUUUUAUACCGAUAGGAUGGAUGAAAUAUGGUUCGGGGAGUUUGCCAAGGUAUUCGCCCCGUACCUGCCCAAUAUCUGGAAUCUGACUCCGACAGAGAUUUGCCCCAGCACAAGAUGGCGUCGAUUCAAAGACAGCGCUAAGGUCCGGUUCUGUUGCCAGACAUGUGGUCAUGGUUGGACCUCAAUGAAGGGCCGAGUUGUCUUCUGGUAUUUCUUUCACGUGCCUUACUGCGAGGGUCAUGUCCAGUUUAAACUCUAUGGUCAACAAUGUCAGCGUUGCAACAACGGGAUGUUUGAGCCAGCAAUGUGGUACCCCGAAGAGGUCAACAAAGUCUUAUGUAACCUCUACAACAGAAUUGGACAGACUUAUUACGGUUUUGUGAAACCGCCCAUCAGAUACGACCGGAGAGCGGGCAAACCACGAACCCAACACAAUGCGACACUUUGCCAGGCCUGCAGGGACGGGGAGUGUGACAGUCGACCCCGAGCCCAGGGCCAGUCACCAACAAAGGUUGUGCAGUACACCACCACAAGUACCACGACCACACCGCAACUCAGCCAACUCCCUCCCCAGGCCACCGUCGUCAACACCAUCGCUGCCCCGCCCACCACGGUCCGAAAAGUUUUGACGCGGACGUGACGUCACAAUAAAACAGGGCUUGCCUAAAUUGAUGAGGAAGUAUUUAAAAAAAACACACACAGAUGAAAUAUGAAGGGUGUUGUGUGUUUUGUGGGAUUUGUUGUUGAGGGUGUGGUGGUCCUUUUAAAUCGGUUAACCGGUUUUAUUGAGUGAUCGCCGAUUUAAACAUCGGGUGUGGCGAUUACAAAUCACAGAUGUUUUGUGAUAUACAUGACUACUGUAGAGAUAGUUUGUAGUUUAUUUUUGUGUGAUGUUUAAAGUGCAACUUCUCAAUGUUUAUCGGCCCAAUCGGCCUUCAUUUAUAGUGGUCCGUUAUUUAUAAGGCGAAUAACAUUAUUUCAAGCACUAUAGUUUUGAAUAUAUGUAAAUUUGGUAGCUAUCAAUAGCUUAUUAUGAUAAUAUUUUGUACAUAUAGUUUUGUAGAAGUUUUUACUGUAUUACCUCUAGCUUGUAAAUGCACAUUAUUCAAUGCCAAAUCUAAAUUAUGAUAUGUUUUGUGUAAAAUAAUUGAAACAUAUAUUUCACCGUCAAAGACGCGGAUCAGUUCUUGGACAUUUCAGCGAUUUUACGAAGUGCCUUGAGUGGGUUUUUAACUUUCAUACACGCGUGCUCAAGUUUCGGGUGAAAAACUACACGCGCAAGGGAUCUUGAUGUUUAGUUUAGAAGGGAAUUAUCGGACGAAUCAAAUAAAACAAUUCUUAAUUUCGAUUGUGUACCGUCACUACCAUGUAAUUAUGACCCCCCAUAAACACUACACACUAAGAAAUGUUUGAACCCUAAUGAAGCACUUGUACCAAACUUUAGGGGUGUAAUCUUGCACCGUAAGUGGCAAAAGGUGAAAAAAUGCACCUUUUUGUCAUUAAACACACCAAGUAAUGCUCACUCGCACCCGAAUGGUGCAAAUAUGAACCUUUUAAGGUGCAUAGUACUUGAAAUUAAAAACGAUUCAAAUUUGAACCUUUAUUACAUUUUUUUCAACUUCGCACCCUAUAGCAUGUAUAGGGUACUUAACAUAGCUAAAUGCACCCUCAAAAUGAGCGUAAUUACAUUCAUUGGCGCCCUUUUGGGUGCAGCUAUUUUACCAACCCGGAGGGUUCAAACUUGAUCCCCUAUUUCUUAGUGUGUAUGACUUAUGCAGUAUAUUGAAUAAUCGAGUAGUUUGAUUUUAGUGAUAAUUACAUGCAGCAUCAUAUCCAUUUUUAGAUAAUUCAAUAUAAACGCGUGGCAAAUGGAUUGCUCUGAGCUGCUGAGUGAUUAAGAUGAAAUAAUGCAUAAAAACCGUGACAAUUGGAGUAUUUACUUUGUGAUAUUCUAUUCAAUUUCUCGUGAAUUUCGCGUCACUGUUCCUUUAAAAGGAUUAUGAAUGACAUGACUCCAUGAUAUUGCAAAGAAUGAGGAUUCGAACUCACAACUUUGUGAUUAUAAGUCCAAUGCCCUAAUCACUGGACCACACGACCCGAAAUCUUAAAACAUGUAAAAUUGAUGUAAUCGUAAAUUCAUUCGUAAGUUCAUUCAUUAGUCAUUCGUAAUUUCACGAUCGGUUUUAUGAAACCUCUUUCCUAUCAUGAUGAUGGGUAGUCAAGGUGACUGGGCUUUUUGACGAAUCUAUAGUUUAUGAUAAUGUAACUAAUAUUUUUAUCGAUGCACCUUGACUAUAAACUGAUAUUUAACCAACAAUACAAGUCACAAUACAUGUGAUAUAAGUUUGUGUUUUAUGACGAUUUCAAAGCUGGCAUCGAUGGGACUAUUUCUAUAUUCCUUUAUUGGUCUUCACGCCUCGUUUCAUUCAAGAAAUUUCUCUCAUUCUUC